GCACGCGCUCGAAGCCCGCAACUCUCGCGAGAGAAGCGAGAUUUAUUCCUACGUACCGGGCCGUGCUGCUUAUGGCGGCGCUGGAGAGGGGGCGCUGAGCUGUUGGGUAUGAAGUGUAACAGAACAGACUUUACCACCUGAAACUGCUGCUUCAAGUUCAGAUCAGGCAAGGAACAAACCUCGAAACAACCAACAAGACCAAAGAAGAGUACACUUACGUUGAAGACACAACACUUGAUCUGAAACAGGAAGUUUGUGCCUACUCAACAGCUUUGAAAGAGCACUUCCCAACGCUGCUAGUAGUCUUUGUUUUCUUCAGUGCUGUACUGUGAGAUUGCCCGGUGCAGCAGCAGUUGUAUUCUUUAUUAGCUUGAUAGGUCAUUUUCUCGCACGCGCUCUCUCUCUUUCUUUUCUUUUCUUUUCUUUUUUUUUUUUUUAACACUAGCAACUUUCAUCCUUUGAAACGUGUGCUGAAAAAGAAGAAUCAGCAAAUACUACUGAAAGUGCAAUAUUUGAUUAUCACUGCGAGCUGUUUGAGAUGGAGAACGUUUUUACUGUGUCAUCAGAUCCUCAUCCCCCUCCUACAGCCCCUCCUUCACUUUCUUUACCUUUAUCUUCAUCUUCUACCUCAUCUGGGACUAAAAAACAAAAGAGGACCCCCACGUAUCAGAGAUCUAUGAGCUUUGAUCCAAAUCUUCUCCACAACAAUGGGCAUAAUGGGUACCCCAAUGGUACUUCAGCAGCACUGCGUGAAACUGGGGUUAUUGAAAAACUGCUAACCUCUUAUGGAUUUAUUCAGUGUUCAGAACGUCAAGCUAGACUUUUCUUCCACUGUUCACAGUAUAAUGGCAACCUGCAGGACUUAAAAGUAGGAGAUGAUGUUGAAUUUGAAGUAUCAUCUGACCGGCGGACUGGGAAACCCAUUGCUGUUAAACUGGUGAAGAUAAAACAAGAAAUCCUCCCUGAAGAACGAAUUAAUGGACAAGUUGUGUGCGCUGUUCCUCACAACUUAGAGAGUAAAUCUCCAGCUGCCCCGGGUCAGAGUCCAACAGGGAGUGUAUGCUACGAACGUAAUGGGGAAGUGUUUUAUCUGACUUACACCCCUGAAGAUGUUGAAGGGAACGUUCAGCUGGAAACGGGAGAUAAAAUAAACUUUGUAAUUGAUAACAAUAAACAUACUGGUGCUGGAAGUGCUCGUAAUAUUAUGCUGUUGAAAAAGAAACCAGCUCGCUGUCAGGGAGUAGUUUGUGCCAUGAAGGAUGCGUUUGGCUUUAUUGAAAGAGGUGAUAUUGUAAAGGAGAUAUUCUUUCACUAUAGUGAAUUUAAGGGUGACUUAGAAACCUUGCAGCCUGGAGAUGACGUGGAAUUCACAAUCAAGGACAGAAAUGGUAAAGAAGUUGCAACAGAUGUCAGACUGUUGCCUCAAGGAACAGUCAUUUUUGAAGAUAUCAGCAUUGAACAUUUUGAAGGAACUGUAACCAAAGUUAUCCCAAAAGUACCCAGUAAAAACCAGAAUGACCCAUUGCCAGGACGCAUCAAAGUUGAUUUUGUGAUUCCUAAAGAACUUCCCUUUGGAGACAAAGAUACGAAAUCCAAGGUGACCCUGCUGGAAGGCGACCAUGUUAGGUUUAAUAUUUCAACAGACCGUCGUGACAAAUUAGAACGAGCAACCAACAUAGAAGUUCUGUCAAAUACAUUUCAGUUCACUAAUGAAGCCAGAGAAAUGGGUGUAAUUGCUGCCAUGAGAGAUGGUUUUGGUUUCAUCAAGUGUGUGGAUCGUGAUGCUCGUAUGUUCUUCCACUUCAGUGAAAUUCUGGAUGGGAACCAGCUCCAUAUUGCAGAUGAAGUAGAGUUUACUGUGGUUCCUGAUAUGCUCUCUGCCCAAAGAAAUCAUGCUAUUAGGAUUAAAAAACUUCCCAAGGGCACGGUUUCGUUCCACUCCCAUUCAGAUCAUCGUUUUCUGGGCACCGUAGAAAAAGAAGCCACUUUUUCCAAUCCUAAAACCACUAGCCCAAAUAAAGGCAAAGAAAAGGAGGCUGAGGAUGGUGUUAUUGCUUAUGAUGAUUGUGGGGUGAAAUUGACCAUUGCUUUUCAAGCCAAGGAUGUGGAAGGAUCCAAUUCUCCUCAGAUAGGAGACAAGGUUGAAUUUAGUAUUAGUGACAAACAGAGGCCUGGACAGCAGAUUGCAACUUGUGUGCGACUCUUAGGUCGUAAUUCCAACUCCAAGAGGCUCUUGGGUUAUGUGGCAACUUUGAAGGAUAAUUUUGGAUUUAUUGAAACAGCCAAUCAUGAUAAAGAAAUCUUUUUCCAUUACAGUGAGUUCUCUGGUGAUGUUGAUAGCCUGGAACUGGGGGACAUGGUCGAGUACAGCUUGUCCAAAGGAAAAGGCAACAAAGUCAGUGCAGAAAAAGUGAACAAAACACACUCAGUGAAUGGCAUUACUGAGGAAGCUGAUCCCACCAUCUACUCUGGUAAAGUCAUUCGCCCCUUGAGGAGUGUCGAUCCAACACAGACUGAGUACCAAGGAAUGAUUGAGAUCAUGGAUGAAGGGGAUAUGAAAGGUGAGAUCUAUCCAUUUGGCAUAGUUGGGAUGGCCAAUAAAGGGGAUUGCCUACAGAAAGGGGAGAGCGUCAAGUUCCAGUUGUGUGUCCUGGGCCAAAAUGCACAGACUAUGGCCUACAACAUCACACCCCUGCGUAGGGCCACAGUGGAAUGUGUGAAAGAUCAGUUUGGCUUCAUUAACUAUGAAGUAGGAGAUAGCAAGAAGCUCUUUUUCCAUGUGAAAGAAGUUCAGGAUGGCAUUGAGCUACAGGCAGGAGAUGAGGUGGAAUUCUCAGUGAUUUUUAAUCAACGCACUGGCAAGUGCAGUGCUUGUAAUGUUUGGCGAGUCUGCGAGGGCCCCAAGGCUGUUGCAGCUCCACGACCUGAUAGGUUGGUUAAUCGCUUGAAGAACAUCACCCUGGAUGAUGCCAGUGCUCCUCGCCUAAUGGUUCUUCGUCAGCCAAGGGGACCAGAUAACUCAAUGGGAUUUGGUGCCGAAAGAAAGAUCCGUCAAGCUGGUGUCAUUGACUAACCACAUCCACAAAGCACAUCGUUAAUCCACUAUGAUCAAGUUGGGGGGGUUCUGGUGAAGGGUUCUGAAUAUCUCCCUCUUCAUCCCUCCCAAAAUCUGGAAUACUUAUUCUAUUGAGCUAUUACACCAGUUUUAACACCUUCCUCGUGUUAUGUUUAAAAAAAAAAUAAAUUUAAGAAAACCAUUUUAAAAUUAUGCAGUUGCAGCCUGGAAAACUUAAGGUGGCGCCUUAUAGAAUCAAUUUUAGGAGCUUUAUUUGGUGCAUUUAACGCAACUGGUAAUUGCAAAAUCCACUUCUGCCUGUAAGUGAAAAAUAUAGACUGUUACCUUGUUGGCCCUAUGAAAUUCUGCACUUGAUAUUUAGUAUAUACUCUACCUUCAUUACUUCUGGCAAGAUGUUCUGCCUUAGCACUCAGUUGCAUUCUUUUUCCUUUUCUGUUCGUUAUGCUUUAAUUCUGAGGACCAUAUGAUGGUAGAAUAUAAUAAAAAUUACAAAAAUUUGUAUAGGCAAACCAGUUCUUUAAGUUGAUGGCCAAAUGUUAAAAUGUUAUUUUUCAUAUCAUUUAUAAUCUUGUUACAGUCCACUUAAUGAAGUUUGGUUAGAUUUCAGUGAAAAUUAUCUUCCCAGGGUAGUUUCCCCCACCCUCGGAUGGAGGGGUGUAACUUUACCACAAUUAGUAUAUAUGGUGCAGAAUUUCAUGCAAAUGAGGUGUGCCAGCAGUGUGAUAAUUUAAACGUAUUUAAAGAAAAACAAGGAUGAAUGCACAAACUUGCUGCUGCUUAGAUCACUGCAGCUUCUAGGACCCAGUUUCUUUUACUGAUUUCAAAACAAAACAAACAAAAAAUAAUAAAAAAGUUGUGCCUGAAAUGAAUCUUGUUUUUUUUAUAAGUAGCCGCCUGGUUCCUGUGUCCUGUAAAAAGUACAGGCACUUGACCCUUGGUGUAGCUUCUGUUCGGCUUUAUAUCACGGGAACGGAUUGGUCUGAUUUCUUGGCCCUCAUAUUGAAUUGGCCACAUACAGGGUCCCUGGCCAGUGGACUGAAGGCUUUGUCUAAGAUGACAAGGGUCAGCUCAGGGGAUGUGGGGGAGGGUGCUUUUAUCUUCCCUGUUGUCGUUUGAGGUUUUGAUCUUCUCUGGGUAAAGAGGCCAUUUAUCUUUGUAAACACGUAACACUUUUGCUUUCUCCAGUUUUCUGUUAAUGGCGAAAGAAUGGAAGCGAAUAAAGUUUUACUGAUUUUUGAGACACUA